AUGACAAUAAGACUUCUUGAGCACGAAGCAAUUCAAAAACUUCGUUCCUCUCUCACUAUAACUUCGCUCACUCAUUGUAUGUUAGAGCUCAUCCAGAAUAGUCUUGAUGCCUCCGCCACAGUUAUCGAGAUCCACGUGGAUGUUUCCAAUUAUUUCUUGCAGGUUCUAGAUAACGGGUGUGGAAUCAGUCCCGAAGAUUUGCAGAAAAUCGGGCAACGAUAUUUCACAUCAAGAUGUAAUACUCUGGAGGAUUUGCAACAAGUGACUACCUAUGGAUUUCGUGGCGAAGCGUUGGCUAGUAUUUCAGAUGUUGCUAUUUUGGAAAUAAUUAGCAAACAUCCAAAUUAUUUUGAUGGUUACAGUGUCGUAUUAAAGGAUGGAAAAUCUAUUCGACACCGCUCUAUACGAAUGACGAAGGGGAAACAACCGGGAACAAUAGUGAUCAUUCGUGAUCUCUUUUAUAUGCUUCCGGUUAGGAGAAAACGCCGAUCUGCAUUUUCCAUCGUGAAUGAACUUGAGAACUUGAAAAGAGAGGUUGAAAUUCAUGCGUUGAUUAAUUCAGAUGUGACGUUUAUCCUUGCUGAUUCAUCCCAGAAUAAUAAGAUCCUUUUAGCAAAGAAAGUACGAACAACUUCUAAUAUUUCUAGAUUCAGACAACUUUUUGGAGAUCUUGAGUAUGUCUUUGCGGAGCAAGACGAUUUGAGGAUUAAUGGAUUUGUGUCGGUGAGAGGGUAUCAUACAAAGAAUUGGCCUGAACUUAUAGACCUUCUAAGUGCGCUAAUCAAGAAAUUCUUGGUUACCUUUUGCUUUUUGGAGGAAAAAUCCCAAUCCCAUCACCACAAUCAUCAGACCAAUAGAUUAGAAGAACCACCAAUUGUAUCUUCCAGAGAACAUAAGAAAUCUUUUUUCACUACUCACCGUCGUCACGAUCAUCGUUCCGCGGACCAAAAGUUAUUUGAAGAUUUGGUACACGUAAAAAGUAGUAGCAGCAAUAGCAACGUCAACAGUAUUUUGACGGAGAAAAAAAUAUUCGAGGACAAAGAAUUGAAGGGCUCGCAUAUUGUUGUCGGAGAUGUCGACACCAGCGACUUGGCGACGAUAAAAAAUAAAGUAUCAGUGGUAUCUUCGAUGAAAUCUAUUUCCGAAUCGUCACAACGAGACAAUAGUAAUUCAGAAAAUGAGAACAAAAACAACCUAAAUUCUGAACCAACAAAUGAGUACAUUAAAUGGGCAGAUCCUAUCACCAAACAUGCUUCCUACAUCGACACUAGAACUGGAAACUCCUACAAAAUUGAUCGACGUUUUUUGCGGACGUCAAUGAAUUUUCGGAAAGACAGUGAUGAAGAUGUAAUAGGCUCUUGUUCAAAUUGGGUUAAAGAAAAGUUCAAGAAGUGGAACAACCCUAUUUUCAAAAACACUGAAGCUCCUCUCCCGUUGCUAUCUUCUUCAAAUCUGGAAACUAUUAAUGAUUAUAAUUUCUGCUCACUCGAUAAAGAAUACCGGUUCACAAAACAAGAAAUUGAACGUGCUGAAGUUAUUGGACAAGUUGAUGGGAAGUUUAUCGCAUGCAAAAUCCCGUAUCAAGAAGCUCAUGAAGAAAAAGGAGUAAGAGGAGUAAAAGAAAGAGUAAUUGAUGACAAUAUGAAAAAUAAAAAUAAAGUCAAACAGAUUCUUGUUCUUGUGGAUCAACAUGCAGCAGAUGAACGUAUUCGUAUAGAGAUGUUUCUCAAAGAAUUAUGCAAUUUUAAAAUCAAUGACAAAAGAACAAAAGAUGCAGAUUCAGAAAAGUUUUCUUCAAUAAUUGAUACGAUUCAGCUGAAAUCACCAAUCAAAAUUGUUUUAUCUCAGCGAGAAGCACAAGCAGCUCAGCGAUAUGCACGUAAUAAAAAUGAUUACGCUCCAAUUUACAUAACUCAUCUGCCAGAAGUUAUUGUCGACCGAUGUAUUACCGAUACACGAAUUACACAGGAUCUUAUCAGGCGACAUCUUUUUUGGCUUGAAGAGAAUUGUGGCGGGACCAGCGUGUCACUUGAGGAUAUCGUGAAUGGAUUACAAGACGAUGAUGAUGCUGAAUGUGAUAAAAAAUGGCCAGUUAUAUUAAGAACAUGUCCGAGAGGGAUUUUGGAUAUUUUGAAUUCGAAGGCUUGUCGAGGCGCGAUCAUGUUCAACGAUCUACUAGAACUUGACCAAUGCCAAAGACUUGUACAGAAACUUGUUAGAUGCGUCUUUCCAUUUCAAUGUGCUCAUGGAAGGUAA